UUCCAAUGCAGCAGCGACCAUGACAGGCAUCGCCGCUGCUUCUUUCUUCUCCAACGCUUGCAGGUUUGGCAGCUGCGGACUCCACUUCGACUCCCUGGCCGAGCUCAUCUUGCAUAUCGAGGAUACCCACAUCGACACGGACCCCCGCCUUCUGGAGAAGCAGGAACAGCAGCAGCCCACCUAUGUCGCCCUCAGUUACAUCAACAGGUUCAUGACCGAAGCAGCGAGGCGAGAGCACGAAGCGCUGAAGAAGAAGAUGCAGCCCAAAUUAUCGUUGUCUCUAACGGGAAGCCUGUGUCGCAACAGCGUCGCCGUCCCGCCUCGCCACCCCAGCGGCAACCUCACCCCUCCCGUCACCCCGCCCAUCACCCCCUCCUCGUCUUUUCGCAGCAGCACGCCAACGGGCAGCGAGUGCGACGAUGAGGAUGUGGACUUCGAGGAAUCCGACAGCGACGAGUCGUGGACCACCGAGAGCGCCAUCAGCUCCCAAUCCAUCCUCAGCUCCAUGUGCAUGAACGGCGGCGAUGAGAAACCCUUCGCCUGCCCCAUCCCGGGCUGUAAAAAGAGAUACAAGAACGUCAACGGGAUCAAGUAUCACGCCAAGAACGGCCAUCGAACGCAGAUCCGAGUGCGCAAGCCCUUCAAGUGCCGCUGCGGCAAGAGCUACAAAACAUCUCAGGGUCUCCGGCACCACACCAUCAACUUCCACCCGCCCGUGUCCGUCGACAUCCUCCAUCGUAAGAUGCAGCAGUAGCGCCCCAAGUGGACGGAAUCCACCGGCACAGCAGAUUUCUUCAAUCUCAUCUUUUAUUUUGCUCAAAACACUAGAUGUUUUUUUUUUAAAUAUUUUGCAUGCUUUAAAAUUUUAUUAUGACUGUUCAAGCUUAAAAGUAGGUCACCGUUCUGUAAUUUGCACAUUGAAGCUUUUUUUUUUUUUUUUUUUAACUUUGGACCUCUACGGUGCUUGUUAGUAAUGCUUUUAACAACACAAAUUGGGUUUUCUUUUUAAACUUUGUGCCAAACCGGGACUCCGAAAAACACACCGGCCACAAUAUUAGGUACACCUGCACUAUCAAGGGCUGCCUUUCGAAAACUGCUCAGGUUUUACAAGGCAUUCAUCAAUACUUAACUAGAUUGUCCUUGGGUGCAUUGCGUAAAUGGUUGGACUUGAUUUGUACACAAUUUUCUGCAUUUAUUCUCUGGACAUGAGUUUUUUUAAAUAUAUAUUUUUUAAACAUUUUCACUUUAUUUUUGCAAUGCUGCAGAAUGGCCUGACUUCUACUUUACAACUAGUAACUCAAAUACUUUUUGGGGAAGGGGGAAGUCAUGGCCAGUGUGUAUAUAUCAGCUGACAUUUCAGUUUUUUAUUUUAAUCUUUUUUUAAUCGCCAACACGACACCCGAGGGUGAACUCAGGUGAUAUUUGCAAGCAUUUCAGCAACACGUGUUUUUGAUCAGUGUUUAAGCUCUCAAAGCUAUCGUUUAGCUUCACUUUUCCCUAUGCAGUUUUUAAAGCACUUUGAUUUUUCUCGAACAAGUUGCCAACAAAUGAGCAUUUUUGCCAAUUUCACGUUCCUUGUAAAUAUAUACAGUAUAUGUGGCAGGCAUUUGCAAAAAGUGUUUUCCGUCUUGUGACAUUCGUCCUUGCCUUGAAUUGUGAACCAUUCCGUAACAACAGUGAAGCCAUGUUAGACAGCAGGGGUGGGAAAGCUCUUAUCUGAUCGUAUACAGUCCUUCAUGGGCCAAACUACAUUUUCAGGACAAAAAAAAUUGGUAAAAUCACCAGGGUGGCUUUUACAGAGGUUGUAUACGGUCAAUGAUACCUCGGUUCCCCACCCCUGCUUUAAAGGGGGCCUUGACUUGUUUUUGUACUCAUUUUCAUAUUGCUCCAGCAUAGUUUGAGAUUAAAUGUAAGUUUCCACUGUAUAAACAUGUUUAGGGAUGGAACUGCAGUCCAUUGGCAAAUUGUGUCACUGCCAGAAAUCUCGACAACAGUGUACAGUGAAUGUAUUAAAAGUAAAGUGCAUUAAAUUAUAUUUUCAUACGUAUCUGUGUUACGAGGUAAAUACGCAAAAAAUAGAAUAUUGUCAAUGUACCGUAUUUCCUCGAAAAAGAUGCUUCGUAUUUGGAAUAAAAAUUGUUCUGACGUUU